AUGAGUAAUCUCACUGCCGCGGAAACUUUGGAGAUAGCAGCGAAGGAAUCGGUGGAUUAUAAUCAUAAUUUGAAUUUGGGUACUUUUAUCAUAGCAUCCGGAACAGAUAUGUUAUUAGGCGGUGUGAUGAUUGUCCAAUUAAUCAAUUACUGGACUUGGUCGAAAGGAGAUAGGAUGUUUAACAAAUCUAUCGUUGUAAUCACGAGUGCAUCAAGUUUCUUAGCUACCAUAUCUAUAAUUGUCCUAAUGUUCAGAUUAUUCGUAUACCAUUUUGGUACUUAUGCUCCCUUUGCGUCUUUGAACCUCCUUGUAUAUAUGAGUAUAAUCGAUAUCAUUCCUUCUGUCGCCACUCAGGUAUUCUUCACUGAAAGGGCAUACAAAUUGUGUAAUCGAUCGAAAAUCCUGGCUGGAGCGAUAUCUAUUUGCCUGUUAGUAUCGAUCAUCGGGGCAGUCGGUAUGCCACCUAUCAGAGCAGCAGUACAAGCAGGUAAAGUCGAUGCUGAACAAAAGAAAGUAUUCAUGUACAUGUGGUUAUGCGGUUCUCUCUCUGCUGAUCUGAUGAUCACUGCGAGCAUCAUGUGGAGUUUGAUGAAAAGUAAGACGGGAUGGAAGGAGACUGAUGAUACGAUCACUCAACUGAUCAGGGUCAUGGUGGAAACUCAAUUACCACCUACAUUAUUAGUGAUCUUCUUCUUCAUCGUUACAUUUGGGUUUCCCCUGUUAUACCUUGACAUCUUCGCUUUAUGGGUUCAAUCGAAGUUCUACACCUGCGGUCUACUAGCUUCGCUCAACAGUCGAUAUUCCCUCAGACGAACUAUGAAGAAUGAUUCUUCCAAUCAUGGAAGAACCAACAAGACUGGACCUGUUGUACAUGUGCUCACGGAAACAUAUGUUCAAAACGGUGAUCCAGCUGUCUCUUCCACUAUCAACCACAAUUCCAACCCAUCCCACCGACCAACCUUCACCCACACACCUCAUCGAAUCGUACGUAAAGAUCCCCUAGACCUAGAUAUCGAUGACGAUUCCAUCGAACUGGAGGACAAAACACCUCAAAAUCCCAAUCCUAAUGAGACUGAUCUACACGAAAGUCAUAAAAUGGAUUAUAUCGAUAAUGCCAGUAAGACGGGCUUGACGGAUAAUAUCGUUUAUAGUGGUAAAAGAAACUAA